AUGUUCCGCACCGCCAGAGAACUAUCGCGGCCAUCUUUGAGCCAGGAAGCACUAAAUUCUCACGACUCAGGCUCGGAAUCCGACAACGAUGAGGCCACGGACAGGAGGCAAGACCCCCUCACGAAGGCAGACCUCCACAACAUGCUCAAAGAAGCCACAGCUGAUAUCAAGGCCCACACAGCUGCAGAACCAGAGCGGCACAUCUCGGGUAUUAAGGAGGACCUCGAGGCCCUCAACACUC